UUUUGUCCAUCACUAGUCAGCUUCAAAAAAAACGUACAGAUUGAAUUUAACAAGCAUUUUAAUUUCUGUCCAUUUAAGCGAAAACUCGAAAAAUUAAAGUAAAAAUGGAGUCGAAUAUUGAUAAUGACGCUAUUGAUGUUGGCGUCUUGGCGCCGAACGACCAGGAAAAUGAAGACGCCAAUCGGAAUGCAGAAAUUACAGCCGCGGCGGGCACUCCUGUGGCCAGGAAGACGCGCAGAGCUGUGCUCAGACGAAUGAACGCCAACUCGGAGAAGGAUUCGCCAACACAGCCCGAUCCUCCCAAGACUCCGGGCACUCCUGGCAAUCUUCGCCCAGCCACUGAAACCCCGCGACGCAGUUGCAGGAAAAGUAUACGUCCUGCGAUCGACUACGACGAUAUAGUAAAAUCUGCCAAGAAGGUUAUAGCCGAGGUUAUGGAAGCCAAUCCCGAGAACGAGGAGCCGUCCACCCAGAAGUGGAGCUCCGCGGAGGUGGGCAGGAAUUCGCGCAAGCGCAGCCGCAAGUCCAAGCGAAUGACCACCAAGAAGCAAAAAACGGAGAAGGAUAUACCAGAGGAUAAUAUUGAAGAAAAGCAGGAAACAAAGGUGGAAGUACCAGAGGAGAAGUCCCAGGAUCAAGAGGAUACCACAGAGGCUCCAACAGACUUGGUAGAAGAAGUGAAGCAGCAAGAUAAACCGCAGGCAGCAGACAUCGAGGAGGAAAAUCCAUCCAAAUAUAAUAAGGUAGCUAAAGCAGAUAUAGAUGAACUGGGCUUAUCCCCUCUAGAAAUGGAUAGCCAGGAAGAUGAGCCAGAGAUACAAGCUGGAGACACCACAAUAACUGCUCCACAGGAUAAGAACAAAGAGGAGGCUGUUGUAGAUGAAGCCAAGUUGAGUCCAGUAAAAGAUAAUGAUGGUCAGAAAAAUGAUGAGAAAGAUGAACAAGCUGGUGAGACCACAAAGCCUGCUAAACAGAGUGAAGACAAAAAAGUGGCUAGUGAGCAGGCCAGUCCUGAGGAAGAGAUGCCAUCACUCAUGGUAGAAAAUGAAGAUCUGGAUGAACCAGAAAAAUCGCCCCUGAACACCACUUACGAUGCCGAGGAAAAAAAAGAUUCGGAUGAAAGUGUUAUCCUGGUUAACACUUCCAAUCUUGAUGCAAGUGUUAUCCUGGUUGUCAGUCCCGAUAAACAGCAAGAAGCUUGCAUUCUCAAGCCCGAAAUUGCUGAGGAAAAAGCGGCGAUUAAAGUGGUGCUUACCACAGCAGAUGACCAGAACCAAACACUUUUGAAUCUGGCCGAUGCAGCCUCGCCAAAGGCAUCGAAGCCUAGGAAAUCAAAGGGCUUCCGAUUCCCCACGCCCUAUAAGGCAAGGCCGGUCUUUAGUUUCACAGAAACAGUUGAGUCAUUUGAUAAUAAGCACAUGAAUAAAGACUUCAUGAAUGCUGAAGAACCGAAGUACGAACGCAAACGUUCCAAGUCGGCCAGCGAUUGGAAUAACACCGUGUCGCGAACUGUGUCCUUUCAGAGUCCCAUUGAGAUUGCUAAUGUCGAGGACAUUGAUAAGCGCUGGAAGGGACUUCAGAAAUGUAAUGUUAAUAACCGCCGCAGGCGCUCAAAGUCAUUGGAUGAGAACCACUGCAAAGUGAGCAGAAUUCCGAAGCCCAGUAGGGGAGUUAUCCCGCUUAACAGAACCAACACACCCAGCAAGGUGAAUAAGCGCACCAAGAUGCCAAACUUCGCUGCCAUGCAUGAGAAGCAGUUUGCCAAGAUGGAGAGCCUGCUGGAUCACGUCGAGCGCAAGGCGGAACGCGCCAAGGUGCUGACAAAUUCAGUGCAGAAGCAACUGCCGGGAUCGACGGCCAAGAAACCCCAGAGUUCCAUUUCAGUAGAGGAGCGCCCUCGUCCAAAAGCGUUGAAGAAGAUCGACAUGACCGCCGAUCGAAGCAUGGUGAUUGAGCAUCCCUCCGAUAAGCUCAACUCAUCCCGAUUGCCUUUGAAGACCACCGCUACCGUCCUGAAUGUGGCUCCGAAGCCAGCCUUCAAUCUGUCCACCUCCACGGUCAAGACAUUCAACGCCACGUUUUCCAGCAGACCGGCAGACUCGCAGGAUAACAAGUUGGCGGAGCGACGACAGCGGCGCAUUGAAAUGUUCAAGGGCAGGACAACAAAGGACCAGAAGGAGAAAGGAGAGUUCAUUCGCGGAGUGCGUCUGAAUCGACGUUUCGAGCUCCAAAUGCAGCACCGUCGACACUUGGAGGAGGAUUAGUUCUUAAGUUACAACGUUAUUUCUUUAUUUACCCUUAUACAUAUAUUCGCGUUAAUGUUAGCUUCACCAGGAUAUAAAGAUUUUUAUUUUUCAGCUGGAUCCAUAAAAUUUGUUUUCCUCUGUCUUUAUGCCCAUUAUUUUU